UGGUGUAAUGCAAAGUAGUGGCUGUGAUGUUUGAAUGUAGUGUGCUGUGAUGUUUGAAUGUAGUGUGUAGGCAAAUUCACAUUGGUGGUUUGUGUAGGUAAUAGGCGUAGGCCAACUUUUUGUUGUAUGUGAUUGGCUGAAAAUGUUGUGUGGUUGGUAUAAAACUGUUUGCAGGCAUUGAAAGUGUUGUUUCUGGAUGUAGCAUGUUCAAGACUUGUUCAGAAACUUUGUGAGAUUGAUAAAAUCUUACCGGCUUUAGCAGAAAAGAAUUAUUUGAAUUUGACAGGUUCUCUUCAGGAUUAGAAGUUUCAACAUCUGUGUUUUAUUACAGGGUAAGUACAAUAGUCAAUAGAUAAAUUGAUUUGUAGCAGGUAAGCGUCGUUUGGACAGGCAGCUUUCUUUGGAGCUGAUGAUGUGGAAAGACAAAGUCAGCAUGUUGAAGCGGUCGGGUACGGGAUAUCGUCAUCGUGUUGGCCAGUGGCCAGUUUCUAAUCUCACAGGAAAAUGUCACAAACUGGUCAUUCCCAAGGAGUGUGGUGAUAAAAAGUUUGCACUUCUUGUGGGAGAUUCCCAUCUGCGAGCCAUAGCUGAUGGUUUUGUAAAAAUGCCAGAGGGAGAUGUUUCCUUUGGCAUAAUGUCAACUCCGGGUGGUACUGCAAAGGACGAGAGGAUCGAGCUUGCUAACGUGAAGUUGUCUGAAGACCCUGAUGUAGUGUGUGUCCUUGCGCCCAGCAAUGAUGUAACACAGACAAAGAGUCAUGAAAGAGCAGGUGUUGAAUUUCGGAAGCUGUUGGCUGUAGCACUUCGUCUGUGCUCAAUUGUUGUGGUUGUGGAUUUUCCUCCACGUUACAACAUUGAGAUGUAUCCUCAGGAGAUGCUGCGUCAGGAGUACAGACGUGUGGCUGCUGAUAUGGCAGUAAAGUACUUGUCUGCAGUAGAGCACUUUCCCUUGGAUAAAUCAGAAUUGUGGGCCAAAGAUGGUGUUCAUUUGUCAGACACAGAUGGAAUGCCUAUUCUUGUAGAACUGCUGUGGAAGGCAUCAUAUACAGUGAGUUGGACCUGCAUUAUGAGACGCAACACGUGA